GCUGAGACAGCCUGGGGCGAUCGGAGUUUCUAGGAUUCUGACAACUGGGGGAACGGUGAUUUCUCCCGGGGAAAGGGCAGAGAGAAUCAAGGCAAAGUGGAUCCGGCUGCGGCCACCUCCCAGGCGCAAGUCCAGGCCCGAGCCCUCCACGCCGCGGAAGGAGCCGGCGCAGGUCCGGCUAGAGCGCGGCCCACGGGGCCGCAGGGCGCCGAUGUCGCCGCUACCCGGGCCGGGCGUGCGCAGCGGUCCUUCCUGCGGGAGCGGGGCCUGCCCGGAGCCAACCCCGCCCCGCCGCCCCGCUUUCGAUUCUCCGCGGGAGCCCCUCCCCCGCACCGCGGCCGCCGGGACCCGAGGGCUGAAUGGCCGGCGCAGGUGCGCGGAGCGGGACACCUGGGGGGCCGGGAACACCUGGGGGCCCCGGGCCGCCGGAGCGCGAGGACGGAAGCGGCUGGCGCUGCCCGGAGCAUGGCGACCGCGUGGCCGAGCUCUACUGUCGCCGCUGCCGCCGUUGCGUGUGCGCGCUCUGCCCGGUGCUGGGCGCGCACCGCGGCCACCCGGUCGGCCUGGCGCUGGAAGAGGCGGUGCACGUGCAGAAACUCAUCCAAGAAUGUUUAAAGCAGCUGGAAACCAAGAAGCAGCAGAACGUUGGCAACAUAACCCACAUAGAAGACACUGCCGAGAAGCUCAAGGCUCAUGCAGAGUCAAGUAAAACCUGGCUGACGGGAAAAUUCACUGAACUGAGACUGCUACUUGACGAAGAGGAAGCGCUGGCCAAGAAAUUCAUCGAUAAAAACACGCAGCUCACCCUCCAGGCCUAUGGGGAGCAUAUCCAAUCUUGCAAAGAGCAAAUAGAUGGCAUGCACAGCCUCUCCACCAGGGUCUGGAGGAUCAGCCAGGAGCCCGACCCCAUACAGCUGCUGCAGGAGUACCGGGCCGUCGAGCAGGAGCUGCAGCAGCAGACGAGUCUGGGAGAAGUGUGCUACCCCGCGCCCCUCUCCUUCGAGCCCGUCAAGAGCUUCUUCCAGGGCUUUGUGGACGCCAUGCAGAGCUUGUUACAGACGCCACUGGACACUCGCCUUAAAGAGAACACGAACUGCCAGCUCUCGGGCUCCUCGAGCACCAAACUAGCUUCCUUGUUGAAAACAAGCCCCUCACCGGAGCGAUCGCUCUUCUUAAAAUAUGCACGCACGCCCACUCUGGAGCCAGACACGAUGCACGCGCGCCUGCGCCUCUCUGCCGAUCGCCUGACCGUGCGCUGCGGCCUCAUGGGCCGCCUGGGACCCACGCCCGCGCUGCGCUUUGAUAAACUGUGGCAGGUGCUGGGUCGCGACUGCUACGCCGCCGGCCGCCACUACUGGGAAGUGGACGUGCAGGAGGCGGGCGUCGGCUGGUGGGUGGGCGUGGCCUACGCCUCCCUGCGGCGCUGCGGGGCCUCGGCCUCCGCGCGCCUCGGCUGCAACCGUCAGUCCUGGUGCCUCAAGCGUUACGACCUCGAGUACUGGGCCUUCCACGACGGCCAGCGCAGCCGCCUGCGGCCCCUCGACGACCCCGACAGGCUGGGCGUCUUCCUGGAUUAUGAGGCCGGCAUCCUCUCCUUCUAUGAUGUGUCAGGCGGCAUGAGCCACCUGCACACCUUCCGGGCCGCUUUCCAGGAGCCACUUUACCCGGCGCUGCGGCUCUGGGAAGGGGCCAUAAGCAUCUCCCGGCUGCCCUAGGGGCCACAGCAGGAGUGACCGUCCUAGGCCUUCCACUGCUCUGGUCUCACUGGAGCUGAUGCGGCUGGUCUACUGCCAGCUGCCCAAGCAUCCCCGUCUUCUCCCCCACCCGUCAUGCCCUGUGCUUUGAAAAGGCUCCUUUCCCAGGCGAGUUUUCGAACAGGCCCUAAAGGCGGGUCUUCUGCCGGGGCGCUCUCAACGGGCCUCUCCACCACCACCAGAGCACUUACAUGACACCACUUUUAGUCCAGGUGCUGACCCCAAGUGAGUCCUGAGCAUCCCGACCCUGUCAGAAGACAUCGUCCUCUGCCUCUGGCCUCUCCCUCAUAGAGUAGUCAGCAAUGCCUGGCACUUGGUAGGCGCACAAUAAAUGUGUGGAUGAAUGAGAGCCAUCCACCCCUUCUCCCUAAAGUCCUUUUGAUCUGCCUCUUUCUCUCCACUCUGCUUCAGCUUAUCCGUGUCACUUCUCUUCAGAGUAGCCGCACUUCACACUUCGGGGCCGGAAUCCCCUCCCAUUCUCAUCCUCCACUGUACAGCGAGAGUGCCAGGCCUAAAACUUCAUUAACCUCUUAGAACUACCAGAAGGUUCCCAAGGACCGCAGAGAGAAAAAGCAGGCACUUUACCUUAGCAUUCAAGGCUUUUCUAGUCUGCCCUCAAACUCCCCAUGCUCAUCUGGCUUCUACCGGUCUUUUCAGAGACCCCCCCCCCCCCCCCAGCACCUUUGCCCUUUGCCUGUCUGAGCCUUCCCCUGGCUUAACUGCCCCAGGAAGUCUCCCCAAACCACAAGAAUCUCUCUUACCCUGAAAGCCACAAAUCUGGGACCCUGCUUUCCCACUAGGUGGGAAGCUCUACCAGGGCAGCUAUGUCCCAUACCCUCGCCACCCUGAAAAGUUCAGGGUGUCCCUUUCCCUCCCAGACAAUGACCAGCAGCCGGCUACCACUGAAGCAAAGAACAGCUGAGCUGAGAAGUCCUCAUGAAUCACCCAGCCUAACCUCACUGUACAUUUGGGAGAGACUAAGGUCCUGAAAGAAAGCUCCUCAGAGCCCUCCAGCCCCAAGGCAAGUGUUUUACUUGCCCCCCUGUCCCAGCUCUUCAGGCCCAGCUUUCAAUGUGGGAGAUUUUCCUGCUUAUUCAUUCCUCAAGGGAUGUUGGGAAGAAUCAGCAGGCAACCGUUGCUUAGCAACCACAGGCCGUUUCCCCAACUGCCUUGGAACUAAAAGAGGAGGAGCUAAGAGUAAGGUCUGGACACGCUCCUCCAAGCCCGCAGUUGCCGGCGCUGCCAAGAAAACCCAGAGAACCCCAUUUUCCGUUAAGAAGGCACAGAAAUAGAGAAGGCCAAACCAGGAGGACCUCAAGGGCCAGCUCCUCUAGCAGGAAGGGGAAGGUCUCUUUUUUGGGUCUGUGCCUCGGUUCUGAAGAUGUAGCAUCAUUUGUCAAACUCCCCAGAUGGUUUUGGAAUCAUACUGUGUUAAAGUAUCUUAGGUGUCCAGCCAGAGGGCGGUGGCAGGGUAAGGAAGAUGCAAAGCUGAAACCCACUCGUGCUCUCGGAAUUUGUUUGAACCACAAAAAAAACCCCGCCAAUUUCCAACAAUUUUCUAAAAAUGCCACUUUCAUACAGGGCAAUGUAAUACAAGUGGAAAUCAAGGCAGAAGGAAUCCUAAGAGUGCCUUUGGUUGUAACCAAAUCACUUAAAACUUUAGCUGGAGAGAGAGCACGGCGUCUAGGCACCCUGCUCCAGGAACGCU